UUCCCUAUUUACAAAACAUUGUAAACAAAGAAAGACAAAUAACAAAAAAAUAAUAAUGGAGAUUAGCAAAUUUCUGGCCGUAGUCGUAGCCGUUGUAGUUCUCUACUCCGUGCAGGCUACAGCACAAGGAGGAAACCCUCAGACGAUGGCUUGCGUGCAAAAAUUGGUGCCGUGUCAGCCGUACAUACACACGGUGAAUCCGUCUCCUCCGCCAUCGUGUUGCGGGCCAAUGAAAGAGAUCGUAGAGAAAGACGCGCCGUGUUUAUGCGCCGUUUUUAACAACCCGGAGAUGCUCAAAGCCCUAAACCUCACCAAAGAGAACGCUCUCGUGCUUCCCAAGGCAUGUGGAGUUAAUCCUGACGUUUCAGUCUGCUCCAAGAUCGCCUCUCCUUCGCCUACUGCGUCGCCGGGAUCAACCAAUGGAACCUCUUCCGCUUCAACUAUCAGCUUCAAUCGAUUUAGCUUUCUGUCUGCUUUUGUGGCAAUGAUCUUCUUUUGAUUAUGUCAUUUAUUUUAUUUAUAAUUACAUGUAUGUGUUUUCUGUCAUCAGUGUGUGUUUAAGUACUUUUGUUUUAAUCUUUUAUAUACAAUCCUCCUUAGUCUUGA